AUGGCCAGCCAUGCCGCAGCCUCCACCUCUUCCGGCAACAGCGGGAGCGGCAGAUACUUCCCGGCUAGGUCGACGGCGGCCGCCAAGCAACGGCGCGCGCCGGCGCCGGCGGGGAGCGGCGGCAAGAUCGACGGAGGAGACGGGUACUUCGGCGCGGAGGCGGCGGUGGUGCUGGCGCUCAUGACGGCGGCGCUGCUGGUACUGCCGCUGCUGCUUCCUCCCCUGCCGCCGCCGCCGCCGCUGUUCCUGCUCGUGCCCGUCGCCAUCCUGGCCGUGCUGCUCCUUCUCGUGCUCCUGCCGUCCGAUGCCAGGGGUCUCCGCGUCGCGCCAUCCUAUUUGUAG